AUGAGGGUCGCCGGCGUUCUCCUGCUGCCCCUGCUGCUCUCGCCGUCCCUGGGCAUUUGCCCCCAGCCUGCGGAUCUCAAAGACCCGCAAGGGAACAAGCUCUGCGGCCGCCUGUACGCGGACAGCAGCGUCUACUACGACGAGUGCUGCGGCGGGGACUACCUGGACGUGCGGGUGGGAGAGGACAUCCCGUACAUCAAACUCACGUGGAACAACCGCGUGUCCUCGCUGGUCGUGGCCCCUCGCUGCGAGCUCACCGUCUGGUCGCGGAAACCCAAGGAGGGCGAGACGCGCAAGUUCAGCAGCGGAGUGUACCCUCGCCUCGAAGAGAUCCGGAAAGGGCUGUUUGGGGACUGGAACGACUCCAUCUCCUCCUACUACUGCAAAUGUACCUGAGGAGC